AUGACAAACAGUUCACUGUUCUGUCCAGUUUACAGAGAUCUGGAACCAUUUACAUAUUUUUUUUACUUGGUUUUCCUCAUUGGAAUCAUUGGAAGUUGUUUUGCAACAUGGGCUUUUAUACAGAAAACCACCAAUCACAGGUGUGUGAGCAUAUACUUGAUUAAUUUGCUUACAGCUGAUUUCCUGCUCACUCUGGCAUUACCAGUAAAAAUUGUUGUUGACUUGGGUGUGGCACCCUGGAAGCUAAGGAUAUUCCAUUGCCAAGUAACAGCCUGCCUCAUCUACAUCAAUAUGUACCUGUCUAUUAUCUUCUUAGCUUUUGUCAGCAUUGAUCGCUGUCUUCAGUUAAUACACAGCUGCAAAAUAUACCGAAUACAAGAACCUGGAUUUGCAAAAAUGAUAUCAACUGUUGUGUGGCUCAUGGUUCUUCUAAUAAUGGUGCCAAACAUGGUGAUUCCCAUCAAGGACAUCAAAGAAAAGUCAAGUGUAGGUUGCAUGGAAUUUAAAAAGGAGUUUGGAAGAAACUGGCAUUUGUUAACAAACUUCAUAUGUAUAGCAAUAUUUUUAAAUUUCUCAGCCAUCAUUUUGAUAUCCAACUUCCUUGUAAUUAGACAACUCUAUAGAAAUAGAGACAAUGCAAACUAUCCAAAUGUGAAAACAGCUCUAACCAACAUUCUCUUGGUAACAGCUAGUUACAUCAUAUGCUUUGUUCCUUACCACGCUGUCAGGAUCCCAUACACCCUCAGUCAGACAGAGGUCAUAUCUGAUUGCUCAACAAGGAUCUCCCUCUUCAAAGCCAAAGAGGCCACACUGCUCCUGGCUGUGUCCAAUUUGUGUUUUGAUCCAAUCCUGUACUAUCAUCUCUCAAAAGCAUUUCGACUGAAGGUCACUGAGACUUUUGCCUCGCCUAAAAAGACUAAGGCUCAGAAAGAAAAAUCAAGAUGUGAAAAUGAUGUGUAA